CAGAGCAUCUGGUUUUUCACAGAAUAAACCCACCUGGAAUGCUGAAGGGAGACUGUCAUAUUUCAGUGUGUAACAUUCGCAGUUAACUUAAGUUUUACUAUAGCAUGUUUAUUUAUAAUAAUUCUUUCAUUCAUGUAAGUUAUAGAGCAUGCGCGGUCGAUACAUGUGUCCCUCUAUUGACUAAGGGUUGCCAUGCCUCUUUGAAUAUCGCCAUGUUGAAGGCACCUUCCGAUCAUAUGAACAACCUGCCGUUCCACCGGCUGCAUGCUUAUGAAUAAUUAUGUUAUGUUCUAAAUAAUAGAAGAGUGUUCUAAAAUAGGUAAGAGAUUUCCAUUUACAAAUAUACAUCAAGAAAUGCUGCAUGUUGAAAUGACGUAAUUUCCAGACUUUUGGGAGAGCCUUUUGGUACGUUCACAAAAUCGGAGAUUACACUACCGAAUCAAAUCAAAUCCUCACUAUAACCGAUAAAAUAACCGGGAGGUGUUAUUGGACUUCGAUUCACGAUUCCUGAGAUGAAAUGAGAAUUGAACACAGAUGAUGAUUCCAAAGAAUGACGUUUAAUAACCAGCAGCAGUUGGCAGUAUUUGCUCCAGCUUCUCUCGUCUCGCACAGAAGCUGAGUUUCCCCAGUGCUCGUAAACGCUACCGGUCAGGUAAGAAGGACCGAGUCGGACGGAUAAAGACCCGCCGAGGAGCCUCCAUCGCCCCACCCCGUGAGUUCUGGUGAUGCUUCCUCAUCUUCUGCUGCUCGCUGCUCUGCUCGCUGCUUGUUCAGGCCCGAGGGAAGAUGGCCCAUCGGAGACGGUCCAGGUCCAGGCUUUGGCCGGGGACGACAUCCUUCUCCCCUGCAGCUAUCGCGUCCCGCCCAGCAAUGAGUUACCCACAGUGGAGUGGUCCAAGAAGGGCCUGGAGCCCAACGUGGUCCUCCUGUACCGUGACGGCUGCGAGACGCCGGAGAUGAAAAAUCCGGCGUUCUGGUAUCGGACCAGCCUCGUGACCAAAGAGCUGACGCUCGGGAACAUCUCGCUGAGGAUCGGCGACGUGCGUCUGUCCGAUGCCGGGAGCUACCGGUGCACGAGGCUGUGGAAGAACCUCCCCCGGGACGUCACGGAGGUGCAGCUCGUCGUAGGCGCCGCGUCAGAGCCCAAGCUGUCCGUCACGAGGCCCGCGGGAGGAGGCGUGGCUCUGCAGUGCACCGCCGACUGCUGGCUGCCGGAGCCCCGGAUCUCCUUUCUGGACGGGAGGGGGGACGUCAUCGAGGCCGACGAACCCAAGAGAGACCAGGACGCCCGCGGAUGUUUCUCCGUGGGACUGACGGCGACCCUCCAGGACGCCAGCGGCAGGGUCACCUGCAGAGUUCACCAGGCGGACAUCAACCAGACCCGGGAGGUGGAGGAGACGCUGCCAGAUGUGGGGGGGUCCUGCUUCCUGACCGGCCUCCUCUCCUGUGUUGGGACCACUUGUCUUCUUCUCACUUUGUUUGGUUUAGCGUCGUUCUUCUGCAGGCGUCACAAAUCUCGAGGCGGCUUCUUCUCCCCAAAUAAAGGCUCCUCUGAAGGCCAGUCGAUGCUGACGUCUGGUCCGUAUGCCGAGGAUGAGAACAAGAGGAACGCCGUCGUGGAGGCGGAGGUGAAGCAGCUCAGGUUAACGGUCGCUGAGCAGGCAGACACCAUCCACCAGCUCCUCCACAACAACAACAACAACAACAACAACGGCGACGACGGAGCCCGGCUGGACGCUGUCGUUUGCCACACCGAUCGGCCGGCGUGUCCCGAGAGUCCCGCGGCCUCGCCGCCCGCAGACGCCCCGCAUGCCCUCAAACGCAGACACAGCAGCCCGCCCCGCCUCACCCCGCACGCCAUCGCCAUCGCCGCCGCCCCUCCGCUGACGAGGCCCCGCCGCCUCAGCCGCUCGCUGAGCGAGCCCUUCGCCGGGCGCGAAAGGGUCCAGCGGCGCCACUCGGUGGCGUCUGCGGCCCUGCAGCGCGUGGCGGAGGAGUCGGAGGUGUUGCUCCCGCGCGAGGAGCCGGAUGGUCUCGUUUGUGAUUUUACCGAAAUGUUGAGCGAUUCCUGCCUCCAGGUCGUCCCUGACCGCUCCCAGUUCUUCAGGUACAGCUCCAUCUCUCUGAGCUGCGCGGGUCCGUGGAACUCCACCGGCUGGACGGUGAAGAGGAAGACCUCGGGUGGGGGGGUCCGACCCUGCGCCUCCGGCUGGGGCGCCGCCUCCUCGGGCUCCAGCUGCGUCAUCAGCAACGCGUACCCGUCCGACACCGGGGUGUACUGGUGCGAGUCCGGGGACGGGAGCCGGAGCAACGGGGUCAACAUCACCGUCACUGAGAGACAGAUGUACCCCAACGUGACACACAACGCCGGUCACCAACUUAUCUCCGCAGGUUCCCUGCUGCCUCCGUCCUCGCUGCCUCCACCCUCGCUGCCUCCAUCCUCGCUGCCUCCACCCUCGCUGCCUCCGUCCUCGCUGCCUCCACCUGCAGCCUCCUGGUCAGUGUCGGUCCCCCGGCUGGUGGUGCACCUGUUGGUGGGAGCCCCUUACCUGCUGUCCACCAUCUUACUGGGCCUCGUUUGCAGGGACAAGAACAGAGCAGCUCGGACGGCAGCGCAGAGAAGAGGAAGCAACGUCAUCAUGGAAACAGUUGCAUAGACCCUCAAACUGGUCAAACUGGUAACCAGAUUCUGCCUUUUAUGUAUUUUUUGUGUUUGGAGCGGAUCACCGCUUCAGUGCUUUAUUCUUCUCUCAUGUUUGUUACGUUGCCUUUAAUUUACCGACAGGAAACGUCACAGCGCUUAGCGCUGGUUUACGGGUCACCUGUGGUGAGAUUAUUGCUCUGAAACAAGUGCCUCUUCUAAGGAAACAGGAAACAUUGGGCCACUUAAAAAAAAACCACAGGCAGCCGGAUGGAGCUCAGUGAACAGAGACGUGUGCGUUUGAGGUGUAAAUGUAUUAAAAAGUGUUUUUUGGAUAAAUGGAAA